GUUUAUAAAUGGCCGCAUGAAUGAAUCAUUUAACUAGAGUACUUGUAAACAACAAUCGAAAAUGAAAAAAAGUCCUACUGGAAAGGAAGGACCAGCUUCUAAACAGACAGGGACUUCAAGAAAGGCGAGCACAUCUUCAGAACAGAAAGCUCACUCUUCAGCUUCUGGUCAAAAUGAAGCUUUACAGAUCAAGGGGAAGUCCAAGCCAAGUCAAGGUCAAAGUCAAGCUGUGUCCACCAAAGGUCAACAAUCAAUGAUGCAGAAGCUACAAAAUUCUCAACUCCCUAUUAAGAAAGUUAAUGGAAUGUAUGUCCCUGAAGGAUACAAGAUGAGAGUGAUCAAACCUGCUGAAAAGUAUGAUGUUGUUUCUAUGGCUAAAGCAAUGAAUGAUGAUUUUGCUCCCAAAUUGAAGGAACUUUUUGACACUGAAACUGUUGCAGCAAUAGAAGCGCAGAAAACAGGAAUUUAUAUUGGAUGGAGAUGCCCAGAGUUUCAGCAUGAUUGUCAACGUAUAUUUUACACAUCCAGGUGUUUUUGUGACCACACACUCUCGGAGCAUGCGUCUUUCAAUGCUUUGAGUGUCAAAGUGCCUUGUAGAGUUCCAGGAUGCACUUGCAAAGCUUACUUGUGGGUACCCAAUAGGCCUGAGGAUAUUGGGGAGUUUUGGUUGCCGAAGAGGCCAGGAUUUGAUGCAGCUGCAUGGAGAGCCAAAUGUAAAUGUAAACACACACACAACUUUCAUGAGCCUAGUAGGCCUCAUCGUUGUAAGACAAAAGGCUGUCCUUGUGGAGGAUUUUACUCAGACUUUUUGUGCGCUGCCUGUGAUAGACACUGGGAAGAUCAUCAGACAUUUUUUGAUUCUGAGCAAUCUCGGAGAGAGCAGGGCUUGCCUGUGGGAACAGACUGGCUUCCCUUUGCUGAGAUGCCAGACCUGCGCAACAUUGCUUUAUCUGGUAAUGAUCAGGAUGACAGUCGCUACCUGGAGCUCAAGCAGUUUGAUGCCAUUCCACCAAAUGCAGUCACAGGCAACAACCAGCUGGUGCAGAUAAAGGGAGGCAAAUACCCAGGUCCUAGUGGUGCUAGUGGGGGCGCUAGUGGUGCAAGAGGUGGCGCUAGCGGUUUCAGACCUACAUAUGAUUAAUGAACAAACUUGAUUGGAAUUUGUCUUUUAAUUUGAUCUUCGUUUGAUCAGUAUGAUAAUGAAUAUGCACUCUCUAUGAAUUGUUGAAUAUGUAAAGUACUGAUCAGAGAAUAUUCUAAACAUUUGUAAUGUCUUUCUUUUAUUGAAAAUUAUGUGAUGUGUUAUGGAUGGCCAAAAUUCAAUUAGAAUUAUCUAUCUUUGCAGUGUACAGCUUCAUUUAAAAGUAGUAUAUAUAAAUAUAUUUUAAUAGUUGGCUUAAAAUAAGGCCUAUAGUAAAAUAAUGUUGUUAAACUUUUGAUACAACAGGGAAUUAUGUUAAAAUGUACAGCAAAGUGUCCUGUAAGUUGCACAUGAUUAUAUUAAUACACACCAAUCAGUCAAGCAAGAAGUUCAUGUUGUAGCCAGUGUCCUUUAGGUUACAUGUCACUUGUGGUAGUUAACAUGUUGUCUGGCCAGUUAUUAAUAUUCCUUAAACUUAAGUAAGCCUACAAGAAAGAACUGAUACCACAUACCAUCUAGUUGGCUUACUUUGGUAAAUUAGUUAAAUAAUUUUAAAAUUGUUAAAUAGGUAAACAACAUAUUUUCUUGCAUUUCAAUCAGGGAUUUGAUUUUAACUUUUUAGUUUAUAUUUAUAUGUACUUACAUUUAUAUAUACAUACACAAUAUGUUGGUAGGCCUGCUAUUUUUUCACAUUUAAAGUGACAUCUGCAGUUUUGAUUUCUGAAAAGCCAUUUAUGGUGAAAUUGUAUAUAACAUUUUACAAAUUCAUUUUUUAAAAACCAUACUUAUAUUAUCUGAUUUUAUUACUGGAAGAAAAUUGUUCUUUACAAACACACUUUUAUUAAAUGUGUUAAAUUAUUAUAAAACACGAGAAGUUCUAAAACUUCGCAAACCUUAUGUUCAUACAAAACAUUUUAAAUAAACGCUAUUUAUCUGUAUUUGACUAUUUUUAAUUUUUACAUU